ACAACAAGGCCACUACCACUCCUUUCACGGCCUGUUUGGACGACGAGGACCGAAGGGCUGCGUUUUUUUUGCGCGCGCGAGUACCAGCCCAAUCCCACGGACCAUGGCUACCAUGACGGUCACCGUCGGCGGCCACAGCAGCAGCGCAAGCGCCAAGAAGGAGACCAUCCAGUUGUACAACGAGCAUGGGGUGCCCAAGAAGGCGGGCGACGCGCCAUUAGGCAUCGCCUACGACCAUGACGGCCUUCCCGUGCCGGAUUGGGAAGCAGAGGGCCGCGCGGCAAUCAUAUUUCGAGGCGGCCGCGGCGUCGUCGCCCCGCGAUGAUCACAACCAAUCACGCAGGUCCACGGCGAGAACGACGGCGCCGUCGACGCGACGGGCCGGCGCCGGGGCCCCCAGGUCAAGGGCGCCGUGCAGCUCAAGGACUACGUCAAGUACGUGCGCCGCGCGUCCCCCACGUGGGGCAAGCGCUUCGGCGAGGUGCACAAGCCGCGCGUCGGCCGCUUCGGCGCCUUUACGACGGACGACGCCAAGUUAUGUUUAUUGACGGAGGACUUCGGGUGGAAGUUGGGGGAGGACAAGCACCUGGCGCCGACGCCGCCCUACGUCCGCUUGUGUUACGGCGAGCUCCACGGCGAGCAGGACUCGCUGAGAAUCUUCACUGGUUUAUCCGAAAUCCACCUGCUCAAGAACCUAGAUUUGACGGAGGUCCACGCCAUGCUUCAAACACUAGGCUACGUCUCCUACUGCGUGCCCGACGGCACGACGGGCGUCCAGCCGCGCUGGUGGGGUUCGGGGAUUGACGUCCACCCGCAGGCCGUGUCCGCGGGCCUGCCGGGCGGCAAGGGCCCCAUGUUCUACUCGUGGCACUACCGCCUGCCGCCCUGGGCCCCCGGUUUAUGUCUCGAGGGCGAGGACGGCGACUUCGCCAAUGGACCUCUAGCUCUAGUGAAGAAGCGCGUCAACGUCCACGAGGAGAUGGAAAAGCAGAAGGUCAACGAGGACUUCCUGGGGGCCCUCACCAAACUCGCGCUCGACCAGAAGGCGGCCUGGGCGCGCGAGGCCGAAGAAGAAGCCGAGGCCGACGCGCGCGAGUAGUAGGCGUCCUUUCUUCCCCCGUUAUAGAUACGUGUUACCCCUAUCGAGCAUAAUAUAUACGUUACCCAGUAGU